AACCAACAUAACAGAAAACACCUAAUUUAACUCGGUCCAACUUCCAAACCAAACUUCAGAACAAACCGACCCAAACCGAACCAAGUUUCUAAUGUCCACGCCUCAACAUCAUCUUCUCCGAUCAACUCUUCUGCUCACCACACCAAACUUUCUUUUCAGACCAGACAUUUCUAUGGUCUGAUCACACUACAGUGUAUUAAAGAAGAGAUUCUGAUACCAAAAGAGAUUUCAACAAAUGGAAGGAGAAUCUAUAACUCCCGGUCCCGGCGAAGAUAAACUGGAGAUCCAAUCUCCAAUUCCGCCAAAUCAGAUCUUCAUUCUCUCCGGGCAAAGCAAUAUGGCCGGACGCGGCGGCGUCGUCAAAGAUCACCACCACAAUCGCUGGGUAUGGGAUAAAAUCGUUCCACCGGAAUGCGCACCAAACUCAUCGAUCCUCCGCCUGAGCGCAGAUCUCCGGUGGGAAGAAGCUCACGAGCCACUCCACGUUGACAUCGACACCGGUAAAGUGUGUGGAAUAGGUCCAGGAAUGCCGUUCGCAAACGCGGUGAAGAAUCGCCUGAAAACAGAUUCGGCUGUGAUCGGGUUGGUUCCGUGCGCCGCUGGUGGAACGGCGAUAAAACAGUGGGAGCGUGGAACCCACUUGUAUGAGAGGAUGGUUAAGAGAACGGAGGAGAGUAGGAAAUGCGGCGGGGAGAUUAAGGCGGUGUUGUGGUAUCAAGGAGAGAGUGACGUGUUGGACAUCCAUGACGCCGAGAGCUACGGGAGCAAUAUGGACCGUUUGAUUAAGAACCUCCGUCAUGAUCUCAACCUUCCUUCUCUUCCCAUUAUUCAGGUGGCAAUAGCAUCGGGAGGAGGAUACAUAGAUAAGGUGAGAGAAGCACAGUUGGGUCUGAAACUUUCGAAUGUGGUUUGUGUAGACGCUAAGGGAUUGCCGCUAAAGUCUGACAAUCUUCACUUAACCACUGAGGCUCAAGUCCAGCUUGGUCUCUCCUUAGCACAAGCUUACCUUUCCAACUUCUGUUAGACAAUCAAGUUAUCCAGGUUGAAGAUCGGGUACUUGGUGAGAAAUUGCUCUAUUUUCCCGUGUUCUUGUUUGUUUACAUCUCCCAAAUGGUGAUAUGUGUGGUCUAAGUGAUGGUACUGGUUUUAUCUAAAUUUGUUAUCUAUAUAGAGCACACAUAAUAUCUUCUAGUUUGUCACAUUAUUAUCUAUCUACAUUAACAUUAAAACUACUAAUAGACAAGGCAGAGUAAUUUCAUGCGGA